AUGGUGGAUAUUGAUAAUUUGGAAGAACAUCAAAUUCGUAUCAAAGAUAACAUGGAUUCUCGAGAUGAGAGCAAAUCAAAGAAGAAAGGAACUGUUAUUCCUUUUGGAAGGAUUAUUACCAAUCUUCUGGUUCAAACUAAGAUAGUUGAAGAGUUGGAAAAUGCUGGAAUAGUCAAAUAUCUCUAUACAAUCAAUGGAAGUGUCUUGAAUGCUACUUCUUUGAAGAAAAUGGGUCUUAUUCAAAUUAUUGGCACUGCUCCUAAACCAAAUCCAAAUGUCAGAAACAGAAGAGGUCCAGUUCUUGCUGAGUUUGAGUUGUUCUUUCUGAAUGAACAGCCAGAUAUUAAGGUUCAUUACCUUAAUAUUCUUAAACAAGAUGGUUCUGUGGAUACUAAGAUGAAGACAAGCAGGCAGAAGCUUCCGUCUACCAAGGAUGGUGUGAUAGAAGACUUUCCAGAAGCUGCUUCUCAAAAAGAGAGAAGGACAAAGCGUAAACAAGAUGUUCCUUCUAUCAGUAAGGAGAAGAGCACUGAAGAAAAAGUUGCUGAAGUAAAUAAAGAAGUUGCAGUUGAAAAAGAAACUAAAGAAAAAGAAGAUGUAGUGAUUAAAAAGAAACAGAAGAAGAAUGAAAAAGAGGAUGAUACGAAUAAGGAUGAGAAGGACGUAGAGAAGAAGAAAAAGAAAGAUAAGAAGAAGAAGAAAAAGAAG